CGCGACGUUUUGCUCCACACCACGACGCCCGGACGCUUUUGCAAGGUAGCUGGUACUCCCGUGCACCUUGUAUGGGUGUAGUGCAACGUCUCCUCGACGUAUAAAAGCUGGGCUCGCUGUGCCCUCUGUCCUCCAGCAAACCACACUCUCGUGUCACUUGCAACUCAAGUCUCAAACCAAGAUGUUCUCUCGCUUCACUAUCUUCUCCACGCUCUCCCUCGCCCUUCUUGCGGCCGCCACACCUGCCAACGUCGCCCGUGGCGGCAGCGGCGGGUCGUCUACGGACGCGUGCUGCACCAGUACCGAGUCUGCUAACUCUGCAGCCGGCGCCGCGAUCCUCAAGUCCAUCGGCGUCGUCCUGAGCGACCCGGACGUCCUGCUCGGGCUCACCUGCAGCCCCAUCAGCGUCGUCGGAGUCGGCUCUGGCUCCGAGUGCAGCGGCAGCACCGUCUCCUGCUCUGACGGCAUUGUCAACGGCAUCGGCAUCGGCUGCGUCCCCAUUACCGCCUAAGUCGAUGCGCACCGUUGUGUAGUCCUGCGAGUGACCGUUUCGAAUGUACUUGUAUC